GUGUAUGUCCGCCAGUUCGGCUCUUCUAGCUACGCGCGCCGUACGUGUCGUAAGAGUAUAGUCCGACAGUCCGCCGAGUAAACCACGACGCCGACACGAGGACGUACUUCUAAUAUUAUAUGCUCAAAUAUUAUCUUAUUGAAUACCUAUUAUAUUAUAUAUUUUUAAACGAUAUAUUAUAUAUUGCAAUAUCGUAUCCGUCGUAUUUUAUCCUGCACCUAUCGUAGUUGAUGGUAUUUUUAAGUCAUUAUUAUCAUAAUUAUUAUUUUAAAUCGUUAUUUACCGCGUAUUUAUCAACCACUUGUCGCUUUUCGUUUGUGUUUUUUUUCGAAUAGAUCGUUCUGUUUUUUUUCUUUUUUAAUAUAGUUUGUUCCGUUUCUUUUUAUCCCGCGUUCGUUACGUUGUUCGAAACGAUGAUAAUAUUGUGAUACCACAAAUUUCUGCGGCCACAAACACAUAGAUAUACACUAUAAGUGCAUCAAGACCAUCGAAGAUUUGCGCAGAAAUGCGCUUAAGGCGAUUGAUGCACACGUGCUACGGCUGCAGUAAUCGGUAGAUUGAAGUAUUGAACACCCCGGAGAAGAAUGACACGUCAAUUACCGUCAUGAACUUUCAUUCAGUUGCUGAGCUAUUGCCAUGGAUGUUGUUGUUAUUUUCCUCAACCGGCUUCGCAUCUCCCGUUCCAAACAAGGAGUUCGAUUGCAAAGGUCGAGUAGAACGAUGCGAAAGAAAGAAGGCCGCCACCAGGAGACCAGUGUGCGGCACCGAUAACAUUAGUUACCCGAGUAGAUGCGCUUUGCUGCGAGUCCGAUGCUUUAACGACUCGCUGUUGCGUGUCAAGCACCGGGGACGAUGCAAAGAAAAGCAACCCUGUUGGGUGGAUCACACUAUUAAAUCAGGGGAUCCAACUAGAACACCGGACUCGUAUAUGCCCAGGUGCAAAGCGGACGGCACAUACUUCCGGAUUCAAUGCCAUAAAAAAGAAGGAUAUUGUUGGUGUGUAACACCUGCGGGAAAAGUGGUGGCCAACACCAUAGUUCGAGGACAAAAGCCUAAGUGUGAUAAUGGCAGAGGCAAAUGGCGUAGAGGAUCUUUGAAGAAAGGAAGUAAUCCCAGAAGAGAAUGCAGUAAAAAUGAUAAAGCAAUAUUUGUCAAUAAUUUAGUCAGAAUAUUCAAAACGGAGUACAAUCGAGACCAAUACGCAGCUCUAUUAAAUGCAGGUAAUCGUUCACUGUUGGACCCGAUUACGUUGGACAAACGAGUCUCUGAAUGGAAAUUCAGUGCUUUGGACGUAGACAAAAACGGAACCCUCACUAAAAUAGAAUACAGAGACCUAAAGAGACUGGUUCGCAAAGUGGUCAGGCCUAAGAGAUGUUCCAGGACGUUUAUCCGCACGUGCGACACGGACCAUAAUAGCGUUUUGUCGAAAAUCGAAUGGACUAAUUGUUUGUCAAUUGACGAAACAUUGGGCAUAAAGUCAUCAACAACCUCGACUUCGACGACGACCACCACCUCUACAACUACCACUACAACGACUGAAAUCCCCCCACCGGACGACUACGAAGACAAAGACGACAGUGGAAUCGGUCUCGAGGAAGCCGACCCUGAAGAUAUACUACAAGAAAGCGUAGCUACACUUAGUGGUACUCUUCCGGGUUUAAUGGCCGAAGGCGACCAAGAGGAAGAGGCUGAAGUUAACGACUGUUUAACGGACAGACAGGAAGCAUUGGAUGAUCCAUCAACAUCAUCUCACAAGUACAUACCAGAAUGUACUGUUGAUGGAAGAUAUAAACAUGUUCAGUGUUACAAAUCAGUAGGUUAUUGUUGGUGCGCGCAAGAAGACACUGGUAAACCAAUACCAGGAACCUCAGUGAAAGAUUCUAAUCCUAAAUGUGAUGGUAUUCCAUUACUUUCAAGUCCAAUGAAAGGCUGUCCAGAGCAUAAAAAACAUAUUUUUUUAAAAGAUCUCAUGGAUUAUUUAAGACACAAACACAGUAAAAACAAUAACGCAUCAUUUGCUAGUGACUAUGAAUCGAUAAUUUCAGAUAUUUUUCAUUCUUUGGAUACAAAUCACAAUAAUGUGUUGGAGCGCAAAGAAUGGAAGAGUUUUCGCGAAGAAAUGUCAGCCAACAACAAACUGAAAAGGUGCGGAAAAAAACUGCCUCGACAUUGUGAUGUAAAUCAUGAUAAUAAAAUUGGCUUUACAGAAUGGUUGAAUUGUUUAAAUGUUAAUCAUGUUCAGACUCAAACACAACCCAAUGAAUCCAACACAACAAUAAUUGCCAAAAGAAGAGGUCCUAAUCCACUUGAAUCAUAUCUCAAGGGUGAUGACUAAACAGUAAACCAGAUAAUAAAAAUAAAUAAAAUACAGCAAAAUUAAUUUUUAUUAAGACUGUUUGUAAAUUAUGAUUUAACAGCUUUAUCAUAUUAUUUCUA